AUGAAGCCGGGCGACUACCGCCGGCGACGGCUAACGUUGGCGCCUGAGAUCCGUCCUUCUGUUCGCUCUCCGGCCACCUCGACUGCAUCCUCGUCUAGUGGAUCUCGGUUCUCCUGUUUAGAGGAGAAGGAGCGGGAUUCGGACGAGGAUUCAUGUUCUUCCGAGGUGCCGUUUGAGGCGGCUCUCGAUGUGCUGGAGGAAGAUCGGCCUGAGACCGGGUGGUCUACCGUUCAGAGGAAGGGAAGGCGAUCUGAUGAGGAAUUGGUGCAGGACUUCUGGGCCGACAUUGGAUUUCCAACGCCGGCUUCGAGGUUCUGGGAGGCUAAGUCGCCGUCGAUCGAAGGUAUGGAGACUAAUGGUUCUUCUGGCUGUAGGUCUCCAGGCGUCGUAGAGCAGCUGCGUGGAUCGUCGGAUCCCGGGAGGAAGGUAAUGACUCGUACGCCGUCGCCGAUUUCCCAGGCCGGGGUGCGCAUCCGCCGUCCUCCUAGAGCUGGCUCCUGGCGUGGCCCGGUUCCGCGAGGACGGUACUCCCCGCCGCCGCUUCUAGGAAGCUUCCUCGAGGCAGCGCUCCAAACGGCGGCAGAGCGGUCACCGGCGUCCGGGGCGGUUUCGGCGGAGGCCACUGAUGUCGCCGGUUCGGAGGAGGUUCAAACGGAAGAUGGUGGUCCUGGGCUGCAUGCCGAUCCUGGCUGUUCGUUGUCUUGGCGAAUCCUCAGCCGUCGGAUGGGAGCCCUUUGGAUUGACUUUCGGCAGCGCCGAGGUAUUGAUCCUCCAUACGGUGAUCUCGCAGCCGCCGCCUCGCCAUCAACGCCUUCGAGUCCUCCCUCGCCGUCGCCAAGUUCUUCGCAACACCCUGCGCCGCACCUUCCCCGGCCAAGUUCGUCAUCAACUCCGUCUGCAUCGACCUCUUCCUCCGACCCACCGUCUUCACCCAUCACCCCUGCGUUCCGCUGCGCUUGGAGGCAGAGGGUGAGGCGGACAUUUGCGCAGGUGGUCGCUGCGUCGCCGCGCCCCAUGGCGGGAGCCCAGCCCCCGCGUGGUGGAGCUCCGCCAGCUGCCCAGGGUGGAACACCACGGCCGCCGCCGCCGGUUCUUCUGCAACAUCCUCGGCCACAGAUGCACCCACAGCUCCCCCCGCAGUUCUUCCCUACUGGUCCUCCGCUUGGACGACCGAUCCUGCAGCAGCCAGGGCACCCUCAGUAUGGUGGAGCUGCUGUAGCCGCCGCUCAGUUGCAGCCGGCCUCCUACCCUACUUCUGGGUACUCGACUCAGGGGUUUGCGCCGCCGCCGUACUACAAUGCACCGGUCUAUGGGACAGCUCCGCCCUCGCAGCAACAGGGGUUUGCUGCUGCUGCACCUGUGCUGCAAGGUCCUUCUGGUGCCGUGGGCUCGGCCGCGCCGAGACAGAAGCGGAAGAAGAAGAAAGCUCAGCCGCCUGUAGGUCAGACCGUAGCCCCGCAGGCUCAGUUUCAGCAGCAAUUUGCUCCAGGUUCGCAACAACAAUUGGCAGGUUUCCAAGGGCAGACAGGGUACUCCCAACCUAGUGUUCCUCAGCAUCCUGAUAACGUUGUGCAAUAUCCGGGGCAGCUUUCAGCACAGUCUCAGGUAGCUAUUGGCCAAGGUUCUAGUGUUGGAGGACAACCGCCUGUGAACCACCCACCACCAGUCACGCAGGUUGUUAACAAUUCAACUCAAAGUCUUGUGGAGGUGGCAACAAGAGCUAAGAAACCGGUUUGGUGCUGGAAAUGUGCUUCUGAUUCUCAUGUUUCCAAGGAUUGUAAGGCGCAACAUUAUUGUCACAUUUGCGAUAAACUUGCUCAUCCUACUGUUCGUUGUCCUGUUUUGAAGUCUCCGAGACCUACGGCUUUUGUAGCAGGGCUGGGCUUGUUGGACUCUUAUUUUACUUCACUUCCUGAUAGUGUUGUCAAGGAUGAACUUGAGCCGAGCCUCUCUCCUAUUGCCCAUGUUGUUGUGACUGGUGAUGUUGUCCCCGCUGAUGUUAUUGCAAAACAAAUGGCGAGGAGGUAUCCGAACAAACCUCAUUGGAAAUGGGAGGCGAUUCCUCAUGGAGCGAAUGAGUUUAUGAUCAGUUUUCCUUCUUUUGAGGAUUUGGACAUUGUAGAUGGUAUGCAAGUUGGGGUUCCAUCCUUCAAUGCUCAAAUGAAAGUCUCUGCUUGGAAAUCUAAGGAGGUGCCACAUAAGCUGGAAUUGCAUCAAGUGUGGGUGCACGUAGAGGGAGUUCCACAUACUGUACGCCAUUUCUUGGGUCUGUGGGCAGUGGGUUCGCUCCUUGGGAAAACUCUAGAUGUUGAUCUUGUUAGCCUCAGACGCCGUGGCUUGGUUCGUGUUUUUGUAGCUAUGGUUGACUCAAGUAUUCUUGUUAAGAAGAAGGAUGGUUCUGAGGGGCCUAUGAUGUCUGACGUGGUGGUCAAAUUGAAGGGUUAUGAAUUUCGUUUUACUCGUGAACCCGCUGGAUAUGUGGCGGAACCAGAUUUUGUGCCUUUUAUUUGGAAGCGGAAGGAUGGGGACAGUGAGGAUGGAAGAGGUAAAGAUAUCGAUGAUGCGAUGGAUACUUCGGAACCUGCUCUUGGUCCUUCAGCGUCCACAUCGCAGCAGCAGCCGGUGUCGCGUACAGGGGCUGCCCAGAACGGAAAACCUCCCGCCGCCUCCACCCAUUAUGCUGUGACGCCGUUCAACCCAAAUCCGCAGACUCCGCGCGGAAGAGAGAUUGUUGCAGCGAUGAGGGUGUCGCAUCCCUCCUUGGAGCGUCGUGCACCUUCUCCAUCAUCUAGCAACCUUGCAACGUUGGCUAAGGUGUCUCCUUCACAGCUGCAAGCAGCUGUGGCUGCUGCUACGGCAUCGGUGCUUGUGGAGUCCGGAGGAGAGGAGCCGCCUCUCAUUGUUAGGCAGACUCGGCCGUCAUCUUCUUCCGCAGCCUCCCGCUGCCGUGCCAGCGUCCUGGGCCGGACCCGGCCUUCUUCAGCGCGCGGGCGGUCGGCUCCCCCUGGUGACCGCGGCAAAGACACCAUAGUGGCGGCAGGUCCUGGGCAGUCUACAGGAGCUCAGAUUGCUGCCCAGAGCUUGGGCGGGAGCCAUGCCUCGGCUCCCAAGGGAAGGAAGCCGUCUGCUGCUACUUCGUCGCCGUUGUCAGUGGGUUUGGUGUCGCGCUCUCCGUGCGAGGAGAUGUCAGCGGAGGACCGGCCACUGGCAGGCAGAGGGUCGCCUCUUCCGCGCGUAGCAAGGUCCAUGGCGUCGUCUCCGUCGGAUGGCCUCGGGGUGGGGGGUUUUACACCGCCUGUACCCUCUCCUGGGGCUGCUCUUUCGCCGUCGCCGACUGCACCUGGGUCGGGGGGUUCUACACCACCUUUACCCUCUCCCAGGUUCGCGGCAAUAUCUCCACCGGCUGGAAUAGCAUUCAAGGGUUCUACAUCGCCUAUACCCGCUCCCGGGUCUGCGCCACCUACGCCGCUGGUUCGUCAUGGGGAGGGGGGACCUUCUUCGACAAUCCCUCCCCCCAAGACACCGCUGCAUGGACAGGCCGGCACUGGAACACCAUCACGCCGCAGCAUGCGUUUUGGCGUCGCUGCGGAUGGAUCUUCAUCAACGGAUGAGGACUCGCUGUCCAAAGCGAUGCGACGUAAGGCUGAAGCGAAUUUGGACUCUCCAGGGAUAACCGAAUGUUAUCUACCGGUGCACGGCUUUACUCCGUUCAUGGUCGUCUCUUCAGCGUUUGGAGCACAAAGACCUAUUUACGGAGGUGUCUGUACGGUUGGAAACUACGGCGAAGGAUUAUAUUAUCCAACAUGGGUGGCAGCAUAGCCUCCGAAUCGGGCCAUCUUAAUCUUAGGAUUUGUUGCUGCUCUUUGUCGUGCUUUGUAUCGUGCUUUGUUUUAGUUGUAUCUUUAUGGCUGUGUGCAUCUCGGUUAUGCAGAGGCCGGGUGUAAUACUUAAACUUAAGUAAUAAAAUGCCCUUUAUCG